AAGAUCUAAAAGAUAUAAAAAGUUGUUUUAUUUUUGUCUGUCUAUAAAACAAGACAAAAACAAAAACACAAAAAAAAAAUGACCAAUUUUGCUAAUGUGGAUUAUAAGAAACUUGAAGACUCACUUUGUAAUACUUCUGGCAAAGUUCAACUUGCUGAACGCUUUAGAACAUUAUUUACUCUCAAGAAUAUAGCUACGGACCAAGCUAUUGACAUUAUAGCUAAAGCAUUCAAUGAUGAUUCCGAACUUUUAAAACAUGAACUUGCUUAUUGUCUUGGUCAGAUUGGUAAUCCUCGUGCUAAUGGUAUUCUUACUCAAAUAUUAGAAGACUUGAAUGAGCCUGAAAUUGUUCGUCAUGAGUCUGCUGAAGCUUUAGGUGCUAUUGGAUCUGUAGAAUCACUUCCUGUGCUUGAAAAAUACUUGAAUGAUAAAAGUGUUGCAGUUGUAGAAACCUGUGAACUUGCGAUUGAUAGAAUCAAAUAUGAAAAUGAUCCAAAGACAAAGGCUGAAAGAGAAACAAAUAAAAGUGCCUAUAGCUCAGUAGAUCCUGCUCCACCUGCAACUGAAACAAAAUCAGUAGAAGAAUUAGAAGCUAUCUUAACUAACCCUGAUUUUAAAUUAUUUAAACGUUAUCGAGCCAUGUUUGCUUUGCGUGAAAUUGGUAGUGUAGAAGCUGUUCUUGCUUUAGCUAAAGGCUUAAAAGAUAAGAGUGCUUUGUUCCGUCAUGAAGUUGCUUAUGUCUUUGGUCAAUUACAACAUCCUGCCUCUGUCCCUGCUUUAACUGAAUGUCUUCAAGAUGAAUCUGAGAUUGAUAUGGUUCGUCAUGAAGCAGCUGAAGCUUUAGGAUCUAUAGCUACACCAGAAGUACUUGAAAUUUUAAGUCAAUAUAAAGAAGAUCAUGAAAGAGUUGUGCGUGAAAGUUGUGUUGUUGCACUUGAUAUGUAUGAGUAUGAGACUAGUGGUGAAUUACAAUAUGCUAAUGGUCUUGGUUCUCAUCCUCAAAAUAUGCAUUCCCUUAAACUUGCUUAAAUUGUUCCAUUUGAUCUAUUUAUUACUAUAUAAAUAGGACGUUACAUUUGUAUAUAAAAGAUCCCCUAUUAUUUACUCCCAACUCUAAAUAAAGCAUCAUAUUCAUCAUAA